AACUGUCAAUCCAAAUCAUAGACCACAAAAUGGCCGCUCUGAAUGUAAGCUACCAUUGCACUACACCAGCUUCGUCACGGUCUUCCUGAGAGUCUCUUUCCACUCCUUUCUCUCCCUAUCAUCUUCACUCAACACCUCCACCGCUCUCCCAUUCCCAAACACCAUCCUUCUCUGACCUCACCCUCCAUCCUAUCACUGUUUCCACACACCUCUUCGUAUCUGCUUCGCUAAAGCCAGAGCAAAAGCAUCACCCACGAUUAUGGCUACCGGCGUGCACGAGUUUCUUCCACCUGCUCUUGAUUCUACUUCAGACCCACCUUCUAUCUUCGAUGGAACAACAAGGCUGUAUAUAUCUUACACAUGCCCAUAUGCACAGCGCGCGUGGAUAGCCCGGAACUGUAAGGGAUUGCAGGACAAGAUAAAAUUGGUUCCUAUUGAUCUGCAAAACAGGCCAUCUUGGUACAAGGAGAAAGUGUACCCACCAAACAAGGUGCCAUCUUUGGAGCACAAUAAUGAAGUGAAGGGAGAGAGUCUUGAUUUGAUCAAAUAUAUUGACAGCAACUUCGAAGGGCCUUCGCUCUUCCCUGAUGAUCCUGCCAAGAGAGAAUUCGCAGAGGAGUUGUUCUCCUACACUGACUCAUUCAAAAAAGCCGUGAGUACUUCAUUCAAGACGGAUGGAAUAACUGAAGCUGGUGCUGCUUUUGAUUACAUUGAAACGGCUCUUUCCAAAUUUGAUGGUGGACCUUUUUUCCUCGGCCAGUUCAGUCUAGUGGAUAUAGCUUAUGUUCCAUUCAUUGAAAGAUUCCGACCCUUCUUAUUGGAAGUAAAGAAGUAUGACAUCAUGGAAGGCAGGCCAAAGUUAGCUGCAUGGAUUGAGGAGAUGGACAAAAAUGAAGCUUACAAACAAACCCGGGCGUGAUCCAAAGGAGCUUGUUGAGAUCUACAAGAAACGUUUCUUGGCGCAGCUUUGAACUACUCUGAAUUCAAGAACUGGCUUCACAAGUUCCUAUAGUGGCUACCUGUUUAUCUUUCUAUUGUAUGCAUGAAGUACACUGCCCGUGGUUAUGUCACUUGUUAUUGAAGUCAAAGUGAUGGAAGUUUAAAGACCUUAGGAAUCUAAUACUCCUAUAAAUAGAUAAACACACUUCUAAUAUUGAAGUGGGCAACUAUUUUUACUGUGGAUAUUUGGUGCCUUGGUCUGUUAACAUUUAGAAUCUGUUUUUUCUUUUUCUUU